AAAAGCAUUCAUUUAGCCCAGGUGGCACCUCAUAGGACGGCGUAUAGUCGCGUGUGUGUUCUUGUGGAGAAUAAAAUUUUUACGGUUUGAUAUCACCGAAUUGGUUUGAUUGCUUGUGAGCCGGGGAAAAAAAAAAAUUUAUUCUUUCCGGCGGCUGUUUGGAAAUGGUUUCCCCGGAAAACACGAAUUGGUUGUAUGACUAUGAGGUCGAGGACAUCCCGGUCCCCGUAGGGAAUUUCUCUGCUCCACCAGCUGGGUUUUCUUGGUCAAUUCAAGCUUCGAAUGGUUCAACUAAUGUCAGUGUGGGAAUUGAUGGUUCAUUUGGGGAAUCAGACAUGCAGAAGGAAACUGCCUCAAAAAAAAGACCUAGAGUGGAAUCAUGCGCUCCAUCAAAUUCCAAAGCUUGCAGAGAAAAACGACGGAGGGAUAGGCUAAAUGACAAGUAUAUGGAAUUGGGUGCUCUUCUCGAGCCUGGACGACCUCCUAAAACAGACAAGGCUGCCAUCUUGGUUGAUGCAGUUCGAAUUGUAACUAAGCUACGAGGUGAAGCCCAGAAGCUAAAAGACUCUAAUUUGAAUCUUCAGGAGAAGAUUAAAGAACUGAAGGCUGAGAAGAAUGAUCUUCGUGAUGAGAAGCAAAGGUUAAAGGCUGAGAAGGAGAAACUGGAGCAACAACUAAAUACCAUGCAUGUCCAACCCGGUUUUCUGCCCGCUCCUCCUGCCAUACCUGCUGCUUUUGCUGCCCCAGGCCAAGCUGCAGGCAACAAGUUGGUACCCGUCAUCAGUUAUCCUGGAGUUGCCAUGUGGCAAUUCAUGCCACCCACAGCUGUUGAUACUUCACAAGACCAUGUGCUUCGCCCACCGGUUGCCUAAGUUGUUGGCCAAAUUCUAUGAUAGCGUAGUUUGCAUUUUGGUCCAACUAUUAAAGCCCAUUUUGCCAAUGCUCGACUGUCUUAGUUUUUGCUAACUGUCGAACUUGGAUCUAGCAGAUGAUGGAAAGUACUUGUGGUUCCCGAACUAUGAUUUACUUGAUGCUUGUGUUGUUAUGUAAAUGUUAUUAAGUGAAUUUUGCUCAUAUGUUUUCUAAGGAUCUUUCAUAUGGCUUACUGUGGUGAAAUGUACUCUGUAAAAAGAGACUAAAACAGUACUGCUGGUCUCUUUUGACACAAACUGAAAUGGUUUGGUUACAAAUGGCA